GCGCAACUCUCACGCAGAGGAUAUGCAGCUCAACCUCAAGCAAAAUGGAUCGCUUUUCCGGCACAGGCUUCCCUCCGCCGGAGUCACUACAGCCCCUCGCUACGUCUAUGAUGCCUCGAGCACCAGAUCUAGAGUAUGAAGUCGACCAGCGCACCACUUUGUCCGAAGCUACACCACCAGAGGCUCAAAACGUCGCACCUGCCGCACGAUCAACACGAGCAGCAACCAAGCACACUUCUCGAGCAUGUACAUCUUGCCGGAAGCGAAGACGCAAGUGCGAUGGUGACCAGGGCGGCGGAAGAUGUUCCGAAUGCGUCAAACACAACUUUGAAUGUGUCCUGGAUGCAAAUUCUGAUCUACGACGGAAAAUGCACCGUGAAAAGGCUCGAAAGGACCAACAACUUCUUCACCAAGUGCUGGCGACUCUGCGACAGCGCUCGGGAGGCAAGGUAGAGACUUUGCUCAACUUAAUCAGCGAAAGGGCUCCAUUAGCGGCCUUGGAAGCACAUCUUGCACAGUCGGAUGGAGGAGAAUCAUUCCCCUUCGGCUGGGAAGCACCAUCAGGCUCUUCACAGCCUCAAGGCGGUAGUAGCAGUCAGCCAGUAUUGACACGGUCGACUUCCUUAAGAGCAUUGCUAAAUCCUCCGAGUCCACAACAACGAGGAAUCGACGAGCCCACCGGACAUCGUCCAUACUCGCUUGAAGAGCACCUCCUAGCAUUUAUAUCCAAUCCCGCAGACGCGACCAACCCUUCAGAACAGCAGCCACGGUUUCCCUCCAGCGAAGACAACUAUGUCGAGCCUGGUGCUGUCAGGUCCUUUGGAAACCUUCCCAUGUCAAGCGCAGUUCGGAGUAAUGGCUGGGGGCCCGAUGUGCAGCAGCAACAGCUUAAUAUCUUUCACAAACCGCAAUUUUCUUGCGCUCCAUUGUUGCUAGACGAGGCAGGAGUUGAAGAUCCAUUGUCAUUGUCUGCCCACGCAUUCAUCGACGAGGCCCGCUCUCUGAUCGCUCAAGGAGUACCAGCUCGAACCAUUCUUAGCAUGGAUGGACUGCAAACUGAACUCUUUUUCCGCGACCGACAACCCGGAGAUGGACAAACUGUUUCUACAUGGGUGUGCGAGUUCACCAAGUCAUGGAAAGGCAUGCUUCCUCCGAGCUGCCUGUACACCACCCUAUACAUGGUGACAUCCUUUAUGAGGUGGAUGAUCAUGCCAUGUAAAGAGACCUGGGUUAUGAUGCCCGAACUUAUGAGACCCCUCCUGGAUCAAAUGGUCGUACCGCAUCACAAGCUGUUUGUUGAUCUUUGCCAUAUCCCACAGCUUCGAAAGUCCUUCUUGACCUACAAUCGAGACUUCACCCAUGUCAUGAGACAUGAUACCUUCAACCCUAACUGGAGCUUUGGUGAGGAUGCAUGCGUCGAAUCCAUCGGAGGCACUAAGCUGGAAUAUAAGAGUCGACUCACUGAUGCCUUCAUAUCACACAUCAGCCAAAAGGAAAAUUGGACCCUACACAGUUCUGUUCUGGCUCAUUUCCCGGAACUGAGCGAUCAGAUUGGGUUUCACGACGGCUACUAAGCGACUUGGACUGAUCACCAGCAAUCCUAUCGUUACGCAUGCAGACAGUCCUAACGUGAUCGCGCCGAGCAAGCAUUGCACGAAUAGCCCCCUGAGAGACAGCGUGGUGCGUCACUCCAUGGCAGCAUUGGCCUUGCCGCAAGUGGUACAGCUCGUGAACUCUUUGCAAUACACUUCCAAUCAUCCUGGUAUAUCCCAUCUGCAGUGCUUCUGUGCCCGCCCGGGGCAAGGUUUGUACUUUGAAAGAUUUGAAAAGAUGUGGGAGUGCAAAUUGGGAAUCGAGUCCUAUUAUCUCACGGUUGGAGACAUCUCCUCGGCUGCCCGCUAGCCUUCAAGCGCCGUCCUCAACGAGAUGGUACAUUGCAAGAGAUUGCGAGUAGAGUACGAGCCUGGCCGAUGACCUUCAUGUCUCACACGCCGCCGAGGCUUGCCGGAGGUGCACAUCAACAAGGACCACGGUAUCCACUCGAAAGCUGAAUCGACGCAGGAGGGUCAUGUUACAUUGGCGUAGUCUACCGAAAGACAGCUGUAGUGAUGUGCAUGGGUAUUGUGGCUGGGUUGACCCUGUUGACUACGAAUACCUUAGUACCUCUCUCGGCCAGCAGAAAACAGUUCUCCUUGGUCUUCAAGCAUCUGCCAUAUGAUGUCAUAUGAAGUGCUGUAGGAUUGUUUCACGCAGCGUUAGGUAAAUUUCAUUUCGGUCUGGUUCCAAACUAUUCCGACUUUACCAUUUUCAUAAGAAUUCACUUUCAGCGCUAUUG